AUGGAAGAAAGGGUUUGCCUGUGCGAUGGUAUCCCUAAAUCACGACCAGGUGGCAGCCUCUUGACGGAUUUUUCCUGUAUGGCAGUCAGCCACCCAACACCUUAUAACCAACAAUUUGUUCCAUGCUGCACUCGGAUUCAGCAGUUCAAACACUUGCCUUUGGAAACAAGCUCUCCACCCACGUCUUGUAUCUCUUCAAAGGGGAACAGCGAUGCUGAAGAGGCUAUCGUCACAGCCCCAGUUACCACCUCUGGUAUCACACUUGAUAACCCUCCAAAUGGGAGUGGGCCGGACGCAUCUAGGGUCGGCUGCGACAGUGUUGCUGUCAUCACUACCAAGCAUAAGACUGCUCUUCAUUUGGCUGCACCUCGGACUCCUGGCUCCCCCACACAUCGAGUGACAGCCUCGAUUGGUGGCUUGGCCGGGAUUUCCGGCCUACAGUGUAGAUUAGUGGCGCCAAAUGCUUGCUCGGUUGAGGCGCCAAGCGGAGGUAGCCUUCCUUUGUUAAGCCUCUUGCAAACAACUGUCUGUGACCAUCCCCUUAGACCUCCGCCACUAGGUAAUCACCUUCGUCACCCUCAGCCUAAAUUACAACAUUGCCCACCAGAACUUCAUUUAGAUCCUCAUCACCACACAUGCCACCUAAAGCAAUGUCGUCAGUACCUGGAGGCUUGUCAAUCUCAGCUUUCUGUCGGCCAGACUCCUUCGACUUUCAGCCGGCAGUCAGAAAUAGAAAAUGCAAAUGUCAUCUCGGAGAUUGGACCUCGAUCGAUAACUCCUUCGUCUUCCGCUUCUUCAUCGGCAACCACCACAACCACUACUGAAGAUGAUAUUUGCGAGAAGCUUAAGUUGAAGCUG